GAGAGGAAGAAGAAGAAGAAGAAGAAUCGCUUAUACGUCUCUUUCGUCUCUUCUUCUCUCCCUCUGGUGAAGAUUUUUAUUUUUCUUUCUCCCUUUUCCUUCUUUGCUUCUCGCUUGGCUCAGAAGGGAAAGAGGGGAGAGAAACACACCAAACCCAACGGAAAGGAAACCCCUUUCGUAAGACUAAGAGCGAUCUGCGUAUUAUUAUUAUUAUUAUUGUUAUUGUUGCUGUUGUUGUUAUAUAAGCAAACACGUUUAUCAACUGAAAAAGUUUCCGGCUUUUAUCUGUUUUUGGUUUCUUUGUGGAGAGAUUUUUAUUGGGUUUCUGCGGUUUAAGAUGUUGGUGGCGAAUAGCUUUGAUCUAUGGCAGAAGGACGCUUUCUUCUCUGCGGCGGAGGAGGUUCAAGAAUCUGCCGAUAUAAUGGAAUCAGCGUACAGAACAUGGGUCAGAGAGAGGAGGGAAAGACCAGAAAUGGAGAAUCUUGACGAGCUUUGUAGAGAGCUACAAACUGCUUUAGGUACUGCUAAAUGGCAGUUAGAGGAGUUUGAGAGGGCUGUCAGAUUGAGUUACGGACAUCGCAGUGACGAUCAUUCAACAGCUAGACAUAGUCAAUUUAUUGCUGCCAUUGAAAGUCAAAUUUCCCGUGUGGAAGCAGCUUUAAGAGAAUCAUAUAUCGAACAAGGAAAGCAACCUCUUAGAUGGGUAAACCUUGAUGAAGAUGAACGUGAUGAUUUAGCUGCGUUUCUCUCUGGAACUACCCAAAUUGUGCCAAGUGACAGAGAUGAAUCUCUAGAGCUGAGACCUUCCACUAAGUCUACUCUCUUGGAAAAUCAAAUUAAGGAAAAAGCUACGAGCCUUGAACCUAAUGCCUCUAGCCAAAGAGAUACCUUGGAUGAAAUAGUUUGUGUUAAAGAUGAAUUGAAUUUGAACAAGGAUGUCAACUAUGCCAUUGAACUGGAAAAUGUGGGAUCAAGGAACGAUGUAAUUUGCCAAGCAGAAAGAACAGCUAAUACAAGAAGAACAUGGAGUACACCAAAUUUUGGUGCUUUGAAGAUUGUAAUUGCAGAUGACCGUCAAAAUGAAAAUAAUUUGAUGUCAGAAUAUGAGAACACACCUAAAGAAAAGGGAUCUAAGCUUGUUUUCUGGAAGAAAAAGUCUGCAGAACUUUCCCAGGCAAAUGGAGCAGUUAAUUUGUUGAACCAGCUUUUUGGUUGGGUUAGUGGGUCUCAGAGGCCAUUGCAGAAUUCACCUCGCUUACAUUAUGGUCGUUCUGUUCAAGUAACACUUGUGCUAAUGCUGACUAUCUUUUUGAUUGUACCAUUUCUGCUUUAUUCAAAUUGAAAUGAAGCUGUACUUUUGCUGCAUCUGGAAUCAGAUAGAGAUGUCUGGUAUUCGGAAUGGGAAUGGCCUAAAGACGAGGACAAUCGUUGUCACCUUAAAAACAUUCGGGCUGUUCCAGGGGGGGCUCUCGGGUGAGGCUGCUACAAACUUUCUCCCAGAAGUUCUACUAGUGAGAAAGGCAACAGGACUAAGAUAUGAUCUAUUACAGAUUUCUUGGUGCCACAAAAGUGUAAAUGUUACUUUUCUCAUAUAAAUAUAUAUAGUUUUCAUUUGAAGAAGAAUGUUUUCCAAGUAUAAGUAUAGGUAGCAUAUCAUAUUUGGAUUAAGGUGUGAACUUAAAAAACAUGUAAUACUAUUUGUGAAUGAGGAGCCAAAUGGCCUCAAGAUCAGAUGUACCAUACGAUCACACAUGCAACCUUUUUCGUUUGUAGUUUGUCUACUUUAAUCAACAUCAUAAUUCCUUUAACAAUCUUCA